AUGGCGGCUCAGGUAGACACCAUUGAAGUUCCCACGGACGCUGAGCUGCUGCAGGCGCAGGCUGACCUGUGGCGCCACAGCCUCUACUACCUCUCGUCCAUGGGGCUCCGUUGCGCCGUCCAGCUUGGGAUCCCGACCACCAUCCACCGCCUCGGCGGGGUCGCCUCACUGUCCGACCUGAUGGCCGCGUUGUCCCUUCCAUCGGUAAAGAUGCCGUUCCUCGGCCGGCUCAUGCGCGUGCUUGUCACGUCGGGCGUCUUCGCAGCCGACAAAGACUCUGAGUGCGGCGGGGAGCUCUACCGCCUCACCCCGUUGUCCCGCAUCCUUGUGGACGGCGUCGACGACGCGGAUGAGCACCACAGCCAAAAGUAUUUCGUGCUUGCCGUGACCUCGCCACGUCUCGCGGAGGCAGCGUUGGGGCUGGCGGACUGGUUCAAGAAGGACCUUGAGCCACCAGUGCCGUCUCCCUUCGAGGACAUGCAUGGCGCCCCUAUCUUUGAUGAGAGAACGCCCCUCAUGGACGAAGAGUUUGACGCCGUUACCAACCAAGGCUUGGCUGCCCACGACAACCUGGGGAUUGCCACCAUACUGCGAGAGUGCGGUGACAUCUUCAAGGGGCUUGAAUCUCUCACUGACUGCUGCGGUGGUGAUGGUACGACAGCGAGGGCUCUUGUCAAGGCUUACCCGCACAUCAAGUGCACCGUGUUGGACCUUCCGAAGGUGAUAGACAAAGCCCCAAAUGAUGGUGUCGUUAACUAUGUAGCGGGUGACCUGUUCCACACCGUCCCAUCUUCUCAAGCUGUGAUGCUCAAGCUUGUACUACAUUUCUGGAGCGAUGAGGAUUGUGUGAAAAUCUUGACCCAGUGCAAGAAGGCCAUUCCUCCGCGCGACGAGGGAGGAAAGGUAAUUAUCAUAGACAUCGUGAUUGGACCUUCCUUAGGGCCAAUAAUGUUUGAAGCCCAACUCCUGAUGGAUAUGCUCAUGAUGGUGAACACAAGAGGGGUCCAACGGAGUGAAAAUGACUGGCGCAAGCUAUUCAUGGAAGCAGGAUUCAAAGACUAUAAAAUUGUGAAGAAACUGGGAGCUCGAUGCGUUAUCGAGGCUUACCCUCACAUUAAGUGCACUGUUUUAGACCUUCCGAAGGUGAUCGACAAAGCCCCGGCUGAUGGUGUCAUCAACUAUGUUGCGGGUGACCUAUUCCACACCGUCCCACCAUCUCAAGCCGUGAUGCUCAAGCUUGUGCUACACUUUUGGAGCGACGAGGACUGUGUGAAAAUCCUAGCCCAGUGCAGAAAGGCCAUUCCUCCGCGUGAGGAGGGAGGAAAGGUGAUAAUCAUAGAGAUUGUGGUUGGACCUUCCUUAGGGCCAGUAAUGUUUGAAGCCCAACUCCUGAUGGAUAUGCUCAUGAUGGUAAACACAAGGGGUGGCCAACGUGAUGAAAACCACUGGUCCGAGCUAUUCAAGAAAGCCGGAUUCACGAACUACAAAAUUGUGAAGAAAUUGGGAGCUCGAUCCGUUAUCGAGGUCUACCCGUAA